GUCGCGACUUCCCCUCCUCUUCGUCUCUUCGAUUGCUUCCUCCUCCUCCCUAACCCUAAUUGACUGCCAGCAAGGCUGUUUCAUUUCUGUCUGUUGUUCCUCCUCUGCAGAAAAACUUCAAGCGUUCCUGUCAAUUUUGUUUCACGCUCUCUCACCCUUCCUUCCUCUGCCAUGGAGAACGGUGAAAUCCCUGAAAACGCCAAUGAACAUUGCCCAGGACCUCAAUCUGAGUCUGCCGGUAAAUCUGAUGCAUGCGAGGGAUGCCCCAAUCAAGAAGUCUGUGCCACAACCCCCAAAGGCCCUGACCCUGACUUGGUUGCAAUUGCUGAAAGACUGGCUACUGUUAAGCACAAAAUCCUAGUCUUAUCUGGGAAGGGUGGAGUUGGCAAGAGCACAUUCUCUGCUCAGCUCUCAUACGCACUAGCAGCUAUGGACUUCCAGGUGGGUCUCCUGGAUAUCGACAUUUGUGGCCCAAGCAUCCCAAAGAUGCUUGGCCUGGAAGGUCAAGAUAUUCACCAGAGCAAUCUUGGCUGGUCUCCUGUCUAUGUUGAGUCCAACCUUGGGGUGAUGUCAAUUGGGUUCAUGCUCCCUGACCCUGAUGAUGCUGUUAUAUGGAGGGGACCGCGCAAGAAUGGACUCAUCAAACAAUUCCUGAAGGAUGUGUACUGGGGAGAGCUUGAUUUUUUGGUGGUUGAUGCCCCACCUGGAACCUCGGAUGAGCACAUCUCAAUCGUGCAAUUUCUCCAAGCAACAGGAAUAGAUGGUGCAAUCAUUGUUACUACUCCACAACAGGUUUCUCUGAUUGAUGUCCGCAAAGAAGUGAGUUUCUGCAAGAAAGUAGGUGUACCGAUUCUGGGGGUUGUUGAGAAUAUGAGUGGGUUGAGCCAGCCUUUGACAGAUUUUAGGUUUAUGAAAAUGACAGAGACUGGUGAGCAUACAGAUGUCACUGAGGCGUUUUUGGAAUUCAUGAAAACAGAAGCACCCGAAAGGGUAGAUCUGAUUGCUUUCACUGAGAUAUUUGAUAGCAGUGCCGGUGGUGCAGCAAAGAUGUGCAGGGAGAUGAAUGUCCCUUUUCUUGGAAAAGUACCAAUGGAUCCACAGCUCUGCAAGGCAGCUGAAGAAGGCAGAUCCUGCUUUACUGAUAAGAAAUGUGGGGUAAGCGCUCCGGCACUGAAGAGUAUUAUAGAAAAACUACUGCUGGCAAAUCAGUGGCAUCAACCGAUGGAGCAGUAGAUUGUUAAAUACUCUUAGCGUUGCUACUUGCUAGUGGUCAUUUUGGAUUAGAUUUUUGUCUUAAAUUUUUUUUUCCACCUGAUUUUCAUGUGUUUUUUAUUUGUCUCUAAUGCUUCAGUCUUGAGCUUUAGAUAAUUACCCUUGAUAUAGCAUAUGCAAGCUUCAGAGUCGCUGUUUGCUGAGUGCUUGGGUUGAAUGAUAUAAAGAUGUACUCCAAAAUAAUAGAAAAUGACUUAAAUUUUUUUUUUUAAA